GUCGAACGGCUAGAACAUAAGAUACACGUGAUAAGAAAGGUUUUGGCAACAUGGUUACACUCAUUGGACUUCUCCUUGAUGUAUCUAGCACCAUGCAGUCAGGUGUUGGUUUUGAAGGAGAAACUGACACAUGGGCUUAUUCUCUUUUGUCAUUUGCUUCCGAUCUAAUUAGAUACGACGUUUCAAAAUCGAAUCAAAUAUUUGUCGUCGGUGUCGGUGCAAAAAAUGAUGCAGAGAUAAUCGAUGUUGUCAGGACAAUUCGUGAGUGCCAGAAUGAAAACGGAGAAAUUAAUGUGGAAUACGUUAACACGCCUGCAACAGGGGAAACCACAGAUAAUAUAUUUAAAGUCCUUGAAUCAAAUGGAGCACGUUCGAUAAGAAAAUGGGCAGAUAAACGUGUUGUAGAAAUUUCAUUUUCGGAAUAUUUAGCACAGCUUAUUUUGAGAAAACUUACAACUGAUAAAACAUUUACAAGGAAAUUUGUACGUGAGGAUUUACCCUUAGCAUGUAGAAGCUGGGACACAGCUCCUUUUGGUGCUUUUUUUCAGCGCAAAGUUGCCGAUGUUGCGACAAAAUUUCGUAGGGCGACACCAGAAGAUAUCCAAACGGUAAUUGGGAAGGCUCUUUUGAAAGACUUCGGUGAUCAGUCAAUAUUCAGCGUCAAAGAUGCAGCUCAUGUUUUCCGUGGAUGCAUCGGCAGAAGUAGUCUUACGGAGGCCAGACUGAAUUUAUUGCUAAAGAUAAUAGAGCCUUUCAUUUAUGGUAGAACUCCUUUAUAUUCCGCGCUGAAUGAGACAUCAGGAGUAUUUUUGAGAUCACUGAAUACGUUCCCAAACCAUCGGAAAGUGUUGUGUAUCGUCUCCGACGGUUUUCCAACAGACGAAGGGCAUAUGGAAGAUAUCCAGACACAGUUUAGAACUGCAAAUGUCACAGUUUUCGGAUGCUACGUUUCGGACUAUUCUUACGUUGAACCGAGAAGAUUGUACAGCAGUUCUGAUCAAAAAUGGGAGGAUGGUGCAAAGUUUCUGUUCAACCUGAGCUCAAACAUCCCCAGUAGUUUGAUAACAAGAGCGAUUUUCCUCAAGUAUGGCUGGGCGAUUGAUGUAACAAACAACGAGACAAAAUUAUUUCUACAUGUCAAUGACCCCAACCAUUUAAGUGAUGCUUGCAACAUAGCCAAAAACGCAAUUUGCUCCCAAGAUGCACUUUCAGAUUUGCUUGUUUCUGUCUCGCUUGAUAUUUACAUCAAUGAUAAAAACACGAACAUCAAAGCCCACAGACAAGUUGGUGGAACCUGUUAUGCAAACGCGUCGGCGGCAGUUUUACAUUUAGCCAUGCACAGAAUUUUAGGCCGAGAAGACGGUUACCCCGAUUUUGAAUUUGUACGAAAAGAUUUGAUUCGCCGUCAUGGAACGGAAGGAGCGAAUACGUUCAGUGUCUUGAAAGAAGUCUGUCCACUCUAUCGUUUGCAGUGUCAACAAGUUGAUACAGACGGAGCAAUGGACGCUAUAGCAGCAAAACGCCCAGUUGUAGCAAGAUUCCGUCUCACAGAUGAAGAAUGGGAAACAUUCGGAACCUUUUUCAAGAAAAACCGUUACGGUAUUUUAAAACAACGUGACCUUGACAUAAAAAGACGGGCACCUGAUGCAGAGACUGGAGGGCAUGCAGUUGUAUUGACAAGCUACAACAGCGAAUGUCUUCGCUUAAUGAAUUCAUGGGGAGACUGCUGGGCAGAUAUGGGUUUCUUUAGAAUUGAAAAUGCAGAGGUUCUUGAUCUUGACUUUAUUGACGUUUUCUGGACGUUAAAUGACUUGUCCGAACGAGAAAAAAAAUAUUAUUCUAAGCACGGUUCUCACGUAGCUAAGGAUCUGAUGAAGUCGCUUAAAGCAUUGCAAGUUGCGAAGUUCACAUGUUGUAGGUGUGGAAAGACUUCCAGUAUUACAAAUUUCAGGGGGACAAUGUCACGUGUCACAUGCCCGAAGUGCAGUUGUGAAUUCUCACCCGUCGACGGAAACGGUAACAUUCUAGCACUGAAUAUGUAUCUUACGUCUCUAUGUAUAUAGGCAUUAGCAGUUCAGUUUUAAAAAAGUAUGUGUUGCCCUUCCAGUUUGUCAAUGAAGUUAUUGACAUACCAUACUGGUAAUGGAUUUGAUAGUAAAUAAAGUUAACUGAUUUUUUUGCAAAAGUUUAUUUUGCGUUAAAUGUGCAGGGCUAGUAUCUCCGUAUAAUAUAUUACUGGAUGUUGUGCUGGUUAACAUUCCAUUUUCUUCUGUUUAAAAAUCGGGAUUCAAAUACAUGAGCGAAAAUAAACAUUGUGAAAUUUACCAAAUCUACAGUAAUUUCUCCUACAUAACGAAGAAGUGAGGGCGUUUGGUGAUGAAAUGUAGAGAAAAAAUUAUCUUUGCUUAAUAAUUACAAUAUCAAGAUUGUUAAGAAAAAAAAACGAAUACUAACAAAGAAAUACAAUUCAUCUAAGUUAUGAAAAUACCAUAUAACUGGAAAUUACAAGGAGGUAUUAAGGAGCUAUUACAGUAAAAUGUAUAGAACAUAUCGAGACUUUACAUGUAGUUCUUAGUUUACAUUAAAAAGAAAAGCUGACCUUUGAUGAAAAACUCUUAACUUUGAACUGAGACGAAUUGUGAAUAUUGUAUCCGUUGCGCAAGGAAGUGUUUGCUCAACGUACUUCCACAGUUAUAAAUGGAUUCCAUGAAAUUUCCACACAUCUGAUCACAGUGAAUUGUAAACGUGGUUUACUUUUAUUUUUGAGUGUCGGUUGAGGCACUGAGGAGCCAUGUGCACUAAGACCUGGUCUUAUUGUCCCUCAUAAAGAGUCUAAGUUGUUUUGUUGCUUAUUGACAGUUUCAAUGAUGAUUCGAUCAGUGUCAGUUGUUUUUCUGGAUGUCAUUCAUCACCCAUUAAUGUAUUUAACGAUGUCCUAAAUGCAACCCAAUGCUAUCUUAAUUUGUUAAAAUCUAACACGUCAAGAUCACUUUCAUAAUUAAAAGAAGUAUAUAGUAUAUCAAGUUCUCUCUGUAAACCGUUAACAGUAUCUGAGGUUAGAGAUACACCAUCAGCAAACACAAGUUGUAAAUUCAUUUAUAAAAAGAGAUACAUAGGAUUGGGCUUAGAUUACAUCCCUGUCUCAACAUUAUGCUGUGUGUUUAUUUUAACGUAUACAUGUAUAUGCAGCGGCCAGUUCCGUGCAAGUACUAACAUGUUCUCUGACACUACAUGUAGUGUCUUGGUGAAUAUUGAACUUACAAGUGAAUUCACUUCACUACCUCUUUUGCUCAUCCUAAUAGAUAAUUCUGACUGGGACUAUUGUCAGAUGAGAUCGUGUACUUUGACUGACGUCAUAAUUAAACUAAGGGAGGUAAUCGCACAAAUUUUGCUUUAAUUCAGGAUGCUCUGACCGACAGCGUAUUCAAAGGAAGUGAAAAGCUCUACCUAUGUGUCCGCAACUUCUAUAUCGAUGUAAGGGUGUUUUUUUUUUAUAUAAAUAAGUAAAUUGUAUAAUUAUUAUGUGUUCACGUCAACCUCAUGAAAUGAAGCUGACAUUAUCGUUCGUACGUCUGUUUGGGGCCGACUGUUGACUAUUGUGCAGCUUUUUCGGCGACGCCGUCUAAAUUCGUUUUCGUUACCUAUGCCACGUGACUUCAGUUAGCAAAUCAAACUACUUGAUAACGCAUUAUAGAUAAUUUAUCAAAAUGGAAGAUUUAUGCAACACUCUGCCUGAUUGGACGAGAGUGUCAAUUUCUUUCACUCUGUUGAUUGUGCUACGCUGAGUGAAAUGUAGACAAAGCGUUUAUCCUAAACGACGCUGUUCACAGUUUUAAAGCUAACUUUGGCUCAGUAUAUUUAGCAAGAAUAUUGAUAUAUCUCAAAAUGAUAAGUAAGUUUAAUAAAUAUGAUAAAAACCUGUUCAAAUACCAACAUAUAUCAAAUUAAAGAAAGAGCUGAAUACGGUCUGCGUAUCACAUGAAUAAGGGUGUGAUAAGAGUCUUUUAUGUAGAGAAGUGCUUUUUAAAAGAUUUUCCUUGUUACAAUUGUCGUCUGUAUAUGAAAAGGUUUCUUGCUUUUGUGACUUAUUCAGAUUGCAUAUUAAAAUGAGUACUUGUUUGCUUUGAUAUAUUUGUUAUUAAUUAUUUAACUGAUUUAUUAUAUAUGAAUAUCUUUCUUUAGUAUGGUAUACAAAUAUUGAACUCAGUUGAAAUCUGAUUUAUUAUAUAUAUGCUAUAUAAUGACUGAAUCUCAUUACACUGAAAUGAAGGUACGCUGCAUACAGUUUAUCUAUGUGAUAUGACUACGGUCAAACUUUGCUUAUGAAACAGAAAUAUUGAAAUAAUUACAAUUGUAUGUUUUGCUUGACCUUCACUUUUUUAUAGGUGUGACGUCAUUGUCCAAAGAUUCAUGAAUAGCGAAUAUGCAUUUGUUAAAGCGGGAUCAGUUGGCCUAUUUUAGAAAUAAAUAAAAGUAAUAAAUAAAAAAAUCCUUUAA